GCAAGGCCCCAUGGCCUCAGGGACGGAGCGGGGCACAGAGGUGGCUGGCGGCCCCGCCGCCUGCUACCGGGAGCUGAGCCAGUUCCCUGCCAUCACCUCUGCCGCCCUUGGGGCCGCCGCAGGGGGACAGACCUUCCUGCUCUACACCGGUGAGUCAUGGGCUCGGCUGUCCUGGUGCUCUUGGCCCCCGGGACUGGCGGGGGUGGGUGCUGACAGCCCCCCUCUGCAGAGUGCAGCCGCCCAGACCUGCCCCGCCGCCGGCUCCUGCGUUUCAGCCGCCACUACAGCCUGCAGCACGUGGGUGGCCGUGGCCUUGCCAUCAGCCGGGCGGCACUCAGCGCCGAGAUCCACAACCAGUAUGGCACAGACGGGAUGGGGCGGCAUGGCCGGUGCCCACGGCAAGGCUGGUGCCCAUGGCACGCUGCCCACUGCAGCCUCCCUCCCUCCUACCCUCAGGCUCCUCAGCCAGCACUCGCCGACGGGGCAGCACCGUGCCGUGCUCAGCCGCUGCCCGCAGCAGGGCCACGAGCUGCUGGAGGUGUGGGGCAGCAGCGGGCGCAGCCACAGUGUGGACCUCACAGCACUGGGGAAGCACGGGGAGGUCUACACAGAGGGGCCCUUCGCCUGUCUGGCCUGGUCCCACUCGGAGACCAGGCUACUCUAUGUGGCUGAGAAGAGCCGGCCCAAACGGUGCCCCCCCCGCCCAUGGGAUGUGCCAGGAGCAGCCAGGCCAGAGGAGGAGGAGGAAGAGGAUGAGGAGAGUGAGCAGUUCGUGUACCAUGAAGACUGGGGGGAGGCACUGAGCACCCGCAGCGUGCCCGUCCUCUGCGUCCUGGACCUGGAGGGCAGCAGCCUCUCGGUGCUGGAGGGCAUCCCGGAGCACCUCUCCCCUGGCCAGGCCCUGUGGUCCCCAGAUGACCGCGGCGUGGUGUUUGUGGGCUGGUGGCAUGAGCCCUUCCGCCUGGGGCUGAGCGCCUGCUCCAACAGGAGGUCAGGGAUUUUCCAUUUGGACCUGGCCAGCAGGCGCUGUGAGCUGCUGUCAGCCGAGCGCAGUGCCACCUGCUCUCCCCGGCUGAGCCCUGAUGGCCAGCGCCUGCUCUACCUGGAGGGGGACCUGGGGGGACCCCACCGGCAGUGCCUGCGCCUGCGCAUGCUCACCUGGCAGACAAGGCAGACAGUCACGGUGCUUGACGUGGUGCAGGAGCCCACGGAAGCCUUUGCUGGGCUCUACACGGAGGUGCUGCCGCCACGGUGCUGGGCAGCCGACAGCCGGCGAGCUGUGCUGGGCACCCCGCAGCGGAGCCGCACAGACCUGCUGCUUGUGGACACGGAGGCAGCCACUGUCACCAACCUGACAGCAGGGUCGUCCGAAGGGUGCUGGGAGCUGCUCACCCUCCAGUGGGACCUGCUGGUGGCCACCUGCUCGGCCCCACACCACCCUCCCAGCCUGGUGGUCACUGUGCUGCCGCCUGCGGGCCAGGAGCUGCCCCUCUUCUGGGUGCCGGUGGAGGACACCCCAACAGUGCCUGGCAUCACCUGGAAGACCCUGACAGUCCGGCCACCCUGCAGCGGGCAAAGCCCCGCUGCACACGACACCCAGGUUUUCGAGGCCCUGCUGCUGAGCCCACCAGACAGCAUGGCACCACACCCCCUCGUGGUGUGUCCCCAUGGUGGCCCCUGUGCCGUCUUUGAUGCCCGCUGGCGUCCGAGCAUGGCUGCACUGUGUCGGCUGGGCUUUGCCGUGCUCCUUGUGAACUACCGUGGCUCCCUGGGCUUUGGCCAGGCCAGCAUCAACUCCCUGCUCUCCCAUGUGGGUGAGCAGGAUGUGGCGGACACCCAGCUGGCGGUGGAGCAGGCGCUGUGCAGCGAGCCCCUGGACCCACACCAGCUGGCCCUUCUGGCUGGCUCCCAUGGAGCCUUCAUCGCCCUCCACCUCCUCACCAGCCAACCCAAGCGCUACCAAGCCUGUGCCCUGCGCAGCCCCGUCUCCAACCUGCCUGCACUGCUGGGCACCUCCGACAUCCCUGACUGGCGCUACGCCUCCCUGGGGCUGCCCUACUCCUUCGAGCGGGUGCCCCACGCUGAGGACAUGGCCACCAUGCUGAUGCGCUCGCCCAUCGCCCACGCGGGCCGGGUGCAAACACCAGUGCUGCUGUGUGUGGGUGCCCGGGAUCGGCGUGUCAGCCCUAUGCAGGCACUGGAGCUGUACCGAGUGCUGAGGGCCAGGGGGGGUGCCGGUGCGGCUGCUGUGGUACCCAGAGGGCGGCCACGUGCUGGCCGGCAUAGAGACAGAGGCCGAUAUCUUUGGGAACUGCGCCCACUGGCUCCUCCGGCACCUGGGGCAGCCCUGGCAGGGCAAGACGGGACAGCACAGCCCCUAGCACCUGUGGCAGCCCUGCUGCUAUGCCAGCCCCAGGGUGACUGCUGGCCCUGGGGACCUCACCAGGACCAGAGGAGGAUGAAGCAAGCGUAGCUGGGGGCAGGACGGGACAUGGUUUGGGGUUCAGUACUAAAUAAAUGUGUGAGACCCUG